UUCACAUUUUUGUCGACAAAAAAUAUUUUACUCAAAAUAUUUUAGUGAUAAAGACUUUGUGACAGUGGUUUAUUGGUAAUAUAUUACUUUCAAAUUCGUGAGCUGUUCUUGCAGAUACCGAUAGUUGGCUGCACGUGUUUACUUUGGUACGGAACGCUCUGGUCCGGAGCGAUCGAGCGGUUUCGUCACAAAAUGGAUGCGCGUAACUUAUGACGCAAUAAUCGCUUCAUCAAAAGUUUCCGAAAAUAAGACUGCCGGUGUGUUAGCUAUUGAAGCGGUCGCAGAUAAAAAACAGUGUCUGCGCUUUAUGGACCCGGAACUUCCUUCUCAACGGACAUUCUUCUAAACUAGGGGUGGUCCAUGCCCCACGCGGCACCCGCUACCGCCAUGUCGGCCACGCCGCGCCACCCCCACUUCUUUACAGUCGAGGUCGGCGACACGCGCUUCACCAUUCUCAAGCGAUACCAGAACCUUAAGCCCAUCGGCUCCGGCGCUCAAGGAAUCGUGUGCGCGGCCUACGACACUGUGACGCAGCAGAACGUUGCAAUCAAGAAGCUAUCGCGGCCCUUCCAGAAUGUGACGCAUGCGAAACGUGCCUACCGCGAGUUCAAACUCAUGAAGUUGGUCAACCAUAAAAAUAUAAUCGGUCUGCUAAACGCAUUCACACCACAGAAGAGUCUAGAGGAAUUCCAGGAUGUUUAUCUUGUAAUGGAAUUAAUGGACGCGAACCUGUGCCAAGUGAUUCAGAUGGACCUGGACCACGAACGCAUGAGCUACUUACUGUACCAGAUGUUGUGCGGCAUCAAACAUCUCCAUCUCGCUGGAAUAAUACACCGGGACCUAAAGCCGUCCAACAUUGUCGUAAAAAGCGACUGCACGCUGAAGAUCCUAGACUUCGGCCUGGCUCGCACGGCAGGGACUACCUUCAUGAUGACGCCAUACGUCGUCACCAGAUACUACAGGGCCCCAGAGGUGAUUCUCGGAAUGGGCUACACGGAGAACGUGGACAUCUGGUCGGUGGGCUGCAUCAUGGGCGAGAUGAUCCGUGGCGGAGUGCUGUUCCCGGGCACCGACCACAUCGACCAGUGGAACAAAAUUAUUGAGCAACUGGGCACGCCGUCGGCGGCGUUCAUGGCGCGCCUGCAGCCCACGGUGCGCAACUACGUGGAGAACCGGCCGCGCUACGCCGGCUACAGCUUCGAGCGCCUGUUCCCCGACAUCCUGUUCCCGUCCGACUCCAGCGAGCACAACCGGCUCAAGGCCUCGCAGGCGCGCGACCUGCUGUCGCGCAUGCUGGUCAUCGACCCUGAGCGCCGCAUCUCCGUGGACGAGGCCCUGCUGCACCCCUACAUCAACGUGUGGUACGACGAGGGCGAGGUGAACGCGCCGGCGCCCGCGUCCUACGACCACUCGGUGGACGAGCGCGAGCACACGGUGGAGCAGUGGAAGCAACUCAUCUACCAGGAGGUGGUGGAGUACGCCGCGCCGCCGCCCGCCCAGCACGCGCCCCCGCCGCCCGACCACGCGCAGCCCGCGCUCACCACAUAGGUUGCAGCGUCGCUGACCGCCGAGAUUUAAUCUACGAAGUAUAGUGCAAAGACUAUAUAGAGUGCGCCAACGCGCUCCGGCUGUGAAGCCAUCGGCGGCAAGGAGCCAACGCUCCGAUCCAACGUUAUACAAUAAACUAAACUGAUGUAUAUAUUUAUUGCGGUUUUAUGUGCAAUACGGGCCACGAUUAGUGCAAAGUAAAGCCGGGCCAUAAAUACAAGAUAAAGUGUGUAAAUAAAAUAUGACGAGAGAAAAGGACAGAUAUAUAAACUGACCUUUCUAUCGCACUCAAACGACGUCAACAUUUGUUUACUUCCUUUAUCACUUCUUGUUGGCUUUACUUCACUCGUUCAUACUACUGUAAAGAGCGAAAAGUGUAAUUUUCUUUGUGAAAUCUUCUGAUGGUGUUAGCGAGCGAUGUCAAAUGUGAUAUGGGUAAUGUUUAUAAUUAUUGAUCAGUUUUUAACCGACAUCAAAAAUACUUUAACUGAAUACAACGCGCAUUUUUUUAUUUCAUUUGACAAAGCUAAUAGCUUGCUAGCUUAGCUCCAUCAUACCUAAAAACAUUUAAUAAUUAUAUUAUAAAGGUUUAGGUUUUGGAGAGCGUAAUUGUAAGAUAAUGAAAAAACUACUAGUUAGUUAACAAUUAUUAGUUGAUGUUAUCAACUAUUGAGGUCGUUUUAUCUUCAAGUAAAGAAAAUCAAUAUUAUAAUGGUUUUUUUGAUAAAAUUUCAUGAAUUACUCAAAUUUCCCAUUCCAUCGUCUUCGUGGAGUAUUUAGACAUCUCUUGCUAACAACAGUCACUAGUUUCACGCAAAAUCUUACAGACGGGACUCAGUCCCCUUAUGUUAAAGUUAUCAAACGUUAUAUCGGCGUUGAUAUGAACCAUGGAUAAAAAUCUGUCAUUCUAUAUAGAUGACCAAACAUUCUGACUAUGGACAAAGGUCGUGCAUUAACGACUCGUUAAGACUUUGACGUAUGGUUACGGUAACGCCGGUGUCUCGUUAGCUAACCGUUAGACUUCCGUUAGUGGCUCGGAGUGAAUGAACGUAUACAAUAAUAACGUAAGGCAGUGUAACACAGUAGUGUUAGAUCAGGUGACCUUCACUCGGGGAAGUGUUAUCUUGUCUAUUAAUUGUAGUUUCUUCCCGUUUCUAAUUAUAUUUAGGGUAAGUUCUUAGUUACGUUUGCGUUCGGAACACGUUCCUUUAUGUUUUGAGCUCAACAUUGUAUGUUAUUUGUGCGAAUUUAGCUGCCUUGGAUGGUCACAAUGACAAUGUAUUACCGGCUGAACCCGUAGGAAAUAUGAGUAGGUUAGAAUGCAAACAGUUUCUGCGUUGGUUUGAACGACAUCGAGCUAAAAGUUUAACAAAUCUCCAUGAUUUCAGCCGGUUAUAUAAGACAUUAUGAAGACAGUUAAUGGAAUAUUUUGAUAUUUUGAUUUUCGCUGGUGGAUUCUAAAUAAGUUUAAUACACGACACCAUUGGCGGAGAUAAAAAGACAGUUGAAUUAAUUAACCAAUCACAAACGUAUGUUUUAUCUCCUUGACACCAUUGGUUGAGAUAAAACGACAUUUGAAUUAAUUAACCAAUCACGAACGUGUAUUUUGUCUCGUAGCGAAACCUAGCGGAUUUUGCUGUACGUUUACCCCGUUUUAAUUUGCAUAGGAGUGCCUUUCGCAUUUUGCUAAUAUAAUGAAAAUAUUGGCGAUUUUACACGAAUGCGGACUGAAUUUGAUACGUUUGGAUAUUUUUGUACGGUGGCGUUAAACAGAUGUCGAAAUUUAAUUUUUAUUUAAAUCGCCUUUGCACAUGCGGCGUUUUCGGACACAGAACGACGCGCAGCAGUAGCUGACUCGUUCUAUGAGUUAAAAGUUGGAUGUUUGUCUGAGGCUACUUGCGUUCAAUUAAUCCCCUUCAAGCUAAAUUGUAAUAUUUUUAGAAAGGGACUUGAAUCCAUGGCGGUAAAAAAAAUUACCCCCAAGACUGCUGCAACAGAACAUACAGACUGGACACAACUUUUCACGAAUGUAUUCUAAAACUGCAAUGGAUCAAUACAACUACACCGGAGUUUAAUUUUCUAUGACUUAAUUUUUUUAAACUUUGAAUUAAAUGUAUUUUCUGAC